AUGAAGUUCCAUGCCACUUUGCUAGUGGUCCUUCUUGCCACCACUUCUGUGGCCGCCAAUGAGAGACAAAUGCAAUCGCCCAUACCCAACGGCGACUGGUACACCACCUACUCGAAAUAUCCAGAAUACUGUUCCACCCCUGACAUGAUGGCCGAACGCAAAAUCCCUUCGGUGCAACAAGAUUCUCGGCUGGGAGAAACACGACUCGUCCAUGUCACCACGGUCAUUCGACACGGGGCCAGAACUCCGGACGUUGGAGGAUACCAAUGCUGGGAAGGGUACUGGGAUAAUCCCGAGACGGGAGUUUGGAAUUGCGAUCUCAAAACGCAAAUGGCACAACCAACGCCCGUGGACCCGGAUCAUAGUGAAGUGGUUUUGUUUGAAAAGCAGUAUGAUGCUCUCUUGGAUCCGGAUCAGGGACUUUCCAAUGGACUUUUUGGGACUUGUCAGACGGGACAACUCAUCCAACGAGGAUAUGAUCAACAAAUCGAAAAUGGAAGAAUCCUAAGAGAUGCCUAUUGCUAUGAUGCGGAUCUGGAUGUCAUUGAUCAUGAUCCCAGAAUGAGAUUGAUGGAUGUCAAUGCUCAAGAUAACAAGCCAUGGAAUGAACCACAAUUGCAUUUGCGAUCAGAUGAUGAUCAGCGGGUAUUGGUGUCGGGACAAACUCUCGUCAGAUCCAUGUUUGGACCAGAAAUCAAAGAGGCAACCAACAAGGGACGACAAGUCAACAUUCCCGUACAUUUGGCCGAUAGAGACAAAGAUGUCAUUUCCAUUCGAGAAAGUACCUGUCCUCGACUUACAGAAAUCAGAGAAAACCUUGAAAAAUCUUCCAUUUUCAAACGAUACAACAACUCCAAGGAAGCACGUGAAAUCUACAAGUUUGUAAAAAAGGAACUCAAAAUCAAAGGAAAGAUGAGUAUUUUGGAAUGCCUCAUGACUACGGUCUGCACAGACAGACCAUUGCCAGAUGUUUUGGAUUAUGAAAAGUCAGACAUGUUUGAUCGAAUGGCUUCCUUUGCUUAUCAGGGAUUUAAUAUGCAUCUGCUGGCCAACAAUGCAGAGUAUUCUAAACUGGCCAUGGCUCCAUUAUGGGCUGAAAUCAUGGACAAGAUCAAUCUCAUCCUCAAUGGUGACAAACACAGCCCUGCAACUCGCCUUGCCUUGAUCUCAGCCCACGAUGACACAGUUGCAUCUCUCAUGGCAACCCUGGGGAUUUGGAAAGAUGAUCAAUGGCCGCCGUAUGCUACCAUGUUCCUUAUUGAGAUUCACGAGAUCAUUGAUAGCAGAACGGAUCAUGCCGCCUUCCCUUCGAAGUUUGCAUUCCGAUUGGUUCAUGAUGGACAAGUGCUCACGCAAAAAAUAAAAGGCUGCUUGGACGAUGCAGAGCUUUGUGAUAUCAAUGUUUUUACGGAUCUUGUGGCCGGCUUUUCGUCACGAGACCGAAAUUGCAAGCCCAAGAGAAAACUUUCUUCCGAUUCCGGUGGCGGCGCGUUGGGACCAUUUUAUUCGUUCCUCCUCCUGCUUGUUGGUUCAGCCAUUGGAGGUGCUGGAAUGUCCUACUACUUGACCGGGUCGAUCCCAUUCUGGAAGGGGAAUGGGAUUGGAAGAUCUUCGGACUUUUCUGGCAUGUCAUUGCCUCCAGUGGGCUAUAGUGACGAUCCCGCGGCUGAUAGUGCCAACGGAUUCGAAGACGAUGCCGACAAAAACAAUGGUGGCAUCACAUUUCUAGAAUAG